AGGUAGCCGAAGGUGUUAAACAAACAGUAAUAACUAAAACUAAACGAAGAAAGAGCAAGUAGAGUCGAUUUCGAUCGUUCUUAGCGGCUGAAGAAGAGUGUAAACCAUGGCCGGAGGAGGAGAUCACGGCGGCGACUUCCGGGAGAAGGUCUGGACCAUGACCGGUGGCCCUAACUGCAGGCCCAGGUACUGGAAACGCAACACUGCCAUCGCCAUGGCCGGCAUCGUCCUCAUUUGCAUUCCAAUCGCCAUGAAAUCCGCCGAGCUCGAGCAAAGGCCACAUAAUCCAGUCAGGCCUAUUCCCUCUCAGCUCUGGUGCAAGAAUUUUGGGACAAAAGAAUACUAAUUUGUCAGACAGAUAGCCUAUUGUAUUUUCAUUUUUUAGGUUCUGCAUAUCUUUGAUGAUUUAUGCUGCAUCAAGAAAACUGUGUUGGAUUCAAUAUGUAGACUACUAGCCUGCCUUCCUUGUACUGUGUGGAAGCUGGUAAUAAAGCCAGUGUUUACAACAUUUGUGAUUUUACACUCUUUUUAUUGAAAAUCUUGAACCCACUGUUCCAAGCA